UGGAGCUCACUCCCUCCACCCAGGCUGGGGGCAGAUCUUCUGAGUAGGAAACUCAGAGAUGCUUUGCUCAGUAAGUCUACCCGCCUCAGGGCCACCGGAGACUAUCUCUGCCCAAAUGGAACUGACUUUGACAGUGACCAGUGUGAAGUUCACCGAAGAGCUAAAAAACCACUCUUCCCAGGAAUUCCAGGAGUUCAAUCAGACAUUCACGGAACAGAUGAAUAUUGUGUAUUCCGGGAUCCCUGAGUAUGUCGGGGUGAACAUCACAAAGCUACGUCUUGGCAGUGUGGUGGUGGAGCAUGACGUCCUCCUAAGAACCAAGUACACACCAGAAUACAAGACAGUAUUGGACAAUGCCACCGAAGUAGUGAAAGAGAAAAUCACAAAUGUGACCGCACAGCAAAUAAUGAUUAAUGAUAUUUGCUCAGCCAUGAUGUGUUUCAACACCACUGGCACCCAAGUGCAAAACAUUACGGUGACCCAGUACGACCCUGAAGAGGACUGCCGGAAGAUGGCCAAGGAAUAUGGAGACUACUUCGUAGUGGAGUACCGGGACCAGAAGCCAUACUGCAUCAGCCCCUGUGAGCCUGGCUUCAAUGUCUCCAAGAACUGUAGCCUCGGCAAGUGCCAGAUGUCUCUAAGUGGACCCCAGUGCCUCUUCGUGACCACGGAAACUCACUGGUACAGUGGGGAGGCCUGUAACCAGGGCACCCAGAAGAGUCUGGUGUAUGGCCUCGUGGGGGCAGGGGUCGUGCUGAUGCUGAUCAUCCUGGUAGCUCUCCUGAUGCUCGUUUUCCGCUCCAAGAGAGAGGUGAAACGGCAAAAGUAUAGAUUGUCUCAGUUAUACAAGUGGCAAGAAGAGGACGGUGGACCAGCUCCUGGGACCUUCCAAAACAUUGGCUUUGACAUCUGCCGAGAUGAUGAUUCCAUCCACCUGGAGUCCAUCUAUAGUAAUUUCCAGCCCUCCUUGAGACACAUAGACCCUGAAACAAAGAUCCGAAUUCAGAGGCCUCAGGUAAUGACGACAUCAUUUUAAGGCAUGGAGGUGAGAAGUCUGGGAGUGAGGAGAUCCCAGUCCGGCUAAGCUUGGUGGAGCAUUUUCCCAUUGAGAGCCUUCCAUGGGAACUCAAUGUUCCCAUUGUAAGUACAGGAAACAAGCCCUGUACUUACCAAGGAGAAAGAGGAGAGACAGCAGUGCUGGGAGAUUCUCAAAUAGAAACCCGUGGAAGCUCCAAUGGGCUUGUCAUGAUAUCAGGCUAGGCUCCAGAUUUGAGGGUACUCUGACUGCAACAUCUAUCACCCCAUUGAUCGCCAGGAUUGAUUUGGUUGAUCUGGCUGAGUAGGCGGGUGUCCCCGUCCUCCCUCGCUGCCCCAUAUGUGUCCCUCCUAAAGCUGCAUGCUCAGUUGAAGAGGACGAGAGGACGACCUUCUCUGAUAGAGGAGGACCACGCUUCAGUCAAAGGCAUACAAGUACCUAUCUGGACUUCCCUGCUAGCACUUCCAAACAAGCUCAGAGAUGUUCCUCCCCUCGUCUCCCCGGGUUCAGUACCAUGGACAGCGCCCUCGACCGGCUGUUUACAACCAUGACCCCUUGGACACUGGACUGCAUGCACUUUACAUAUCACAAAAUGCUCUCAUAAGAAUUAUUGCAUACCAUCUUCAUGAAAAACACCUGUAUUUAAAUAUAGAGCAUUUACCUUUGG